CUUUUUAUUAAAACAAAUUAUUUUCAUAUUUAUAGUUAAAUAAUUAUUUAUGUGUUCAUAUUCACAAACAAAAGCAAACAAAAGUAUAGAUAAAGGAAUAAAAAGAAAACAAGAAACAAAAGAAAAAAAAAAAAAAAAUAUAAAAUGUCAGUUUUCAGAGAUUUGGUAGAAGGUGAAUGUGCUGAACCAAAUGCAUUUGGUAAUUUUGUUCAACAUUUAACAAACGAUAGAUCAGAGUUAUAUGGCAAAUAUGAAAAUCACGGUAAAAAUGAAUUAUUCAAUCAAUUUUAUAAUCGUGAGGAAUUUAAUGAGCAAAGACAUUUGGAUAGUGUUUUUGAUGGCGAAGCUAAUGAGGAUGACAUUCAUUUCAUGUUAGAUAGAAAUUUAAAUUUUAAUGAUGUCCCAAGAGAACAUCAUGGUGAAUUACCAUUAUCAAAUGUUGCAAGCGAAUUACAAUUCUUUUUUCAAGAUUUUAUAAACUCAACUAAAUCAGGUCAUUUAAUGCAACCAACACCAUUACAUCAUUUACCUUUAACACAUUCAGAUAAACUUAAAAUUAAAAAUAGAUCCAAUAUUAUGUUUAAACAUUUUACAAAUGAAUCAGAGGGUUUUACAGAAGAUCAAUUAAAUAGAAUGUUUGAAUCAAUUGGAAUUGAUAUGGAGCAAGACAAUUUCGAAGAUUUUGAUCGUUAUUGGGAACAACCACAACAAGAGCAAUUUCAUCAUCAUCAUCCAACCACCACUACCACUACUACCACUACAUCAUUCGAACCAUUUUCACAUUUUGACCGUCAAUUUGAAAAAGAUUUACCACAAGACUAUCAGGAAGAAGAAGAGGAUUUCGAGAAAGCAUGGAGGGAUGGUGCACGUCACGAAGCAGAGCUCGAUCAAUUAGAGGAUGAAGAAGAUUUUGAUGCAAUUUAUGAUGAUCCAGAGAACUUUUCACCAUUUGAUUCAGCAUGGCAUGAUGCCCAAGACGAAUAUGAUCAAUCAGUAGAAGCAGCAUGGGAUGAAACAGCUAGAAAAUCAAUUAAUGAUAUUACUCGUCCAAUCACACAAAUCAAUGACCCAAAAUUAAAUAAAUCAAACUUUAUGAAGUUUAUGAAACAACUAAAUAGUGGUGAGGCCACUAUCAUUGGUGACGAAGUAGUUCAUAAUCCAGAUUUUGAAAGAGUAUCAGGCCUCUCUAAUGAUUGGGCAGAAGAGUAUGCAAAUUUUCAAGAAACUAUUCCAGAAUAUCGUGUUCAAGAAUAUCAAUUUUCAAUUAAUGAGGCUAGAGACAGUGACACAUUAGAGCGUGGUAUGGAUCUUUUCAAUGAGGGUCAUCUUACAGAUUCAAUUAUAGCAUUAGAAAGUGAAGUAAAAAGAAAUCCAGAGAAUGCUACAGCUUGGAUGUAUUUAGGUAUUGCACAUGCAGAAAAUGAUCAAGAUGGUAAAGCAAUCACAUGUCUUUUAAAAUCAAUCAACAUUGAACCAAAUAAUAUUAAAGCUCGUUUAGCAUUAGCUGUUAGUUAUACCAACGAUUAUCAAAAAGAAAGUGCAUUAAGUACAUUGGAGGAAUGGCUUCAAAGAUCACCAGUUUACUCUAAUCUUUAUAGAGAGUUCAAAGGUAACGCUGACCCAGAUUCAUUUAUGGAUACAUGGAAGCAUCAUGAAUUCACCAAUAACCUUUUUAUCGAAGCUGCUCGUUUAAGACCAAACAACCCAGAUCCAGAGGUUCAAACUGCUCUUGGUCUCCUUUACAAUAUGUCUUAUGAAUAUGACAAAGCAGUUGAUUGUUUUAAAGCCGCACUUCAAAAUUCACCAGAGGACUACCAACUUUGGAAUAAAUUAGGUGCAACCCUUGCAAAUAGUAAUAGAUCCCAAGAGGCAUUAGGUGCUUAUUUCAAAGCAUUAGAACAUAAACCAUCAUAUGUAAGAGCUAGAAGUAAUUUGGGUAUAAGCUAUCUUUCUUUAAAUAUGUUUAAUGAAGCAGCUUCAACAUUUUUAGGUGCUAUCGCAAUUCAUCCAGCUCAAAAUAUUUGGGAUAACUUAAAAAUGGUUUUUAGAUUAAUGAAUAGAGAAGAUUUGGUUCAGAAAUGUGACACUCGUGAUGUCAAUCAAUUUUUAGAUGAAUUUAAAUUUAUGUAAUAAUAAUAAAUAAAUAAUAAUAUAAUUAUAAUUUUAAUAAUAAUUAAUAAUAACAAUAAUCAAAAUUUUUUUUUUUUUAAUAAAAUUUUUUUUAAAGUUAACUUUUUAACUGCUUCCUCAAUCCAUGCAUUUUUUAGAU